AUGCAGACGCGGCAAAUAACCACAGACCUUGCAUCUUUGUCUUACACCAACCCCGCCGGGAACAAACACUCGCGCUCAAACACCUUCCGCUCGCACGCUUCGGGCUCGAGUGGCCGCAGCGGGCAGAGCAGAGGGAGUGGGUCCGGCACUCCGACCUCUGCUCGAAGUAAGUUCACCGAAGUUAUUGACCAAGCCCCGCCCGCUCCUGCUGCUGCUGUCGACCUACACCGGCGACCGACAUACCAAUCGACUGGCUCGUCUAGCACACUAGUCGGUUCCGCGCUCGAGAGAAAGAUCAAUGAUCAAGACACGUACCAGCCGCACGACACGACCGACCGACUGAACGCUCUUCGGGAAUUGAUGAAGAAAGACAAUUUGGAUUACUAUGUUAUCCCCAGUGAGGACGCUCAUGGUUCUGAAUAUGUCGCCAUCAGCGACAAGCGUCGAGAAUGGAUCUCUGGCUUCACCGGCACUGCUGGAAUAGCCAUUGCCUCCAAGACCGCCGCAUAUCUCGUCACCGACUCACGGUACUGGCUUCAAGCCCGUACUCAGCUUGAUAGCAACUGGAACUUAGUCGAAGGCGGCUCAGUCGGCGGACCUACCGACUGGAUCGACUUCCUUGUCAACCGCGUCAAGGACGCGCGUAUCGGUAUCGAUGCACGGAUGCUUGCACAUGAGAAGGCGCUCCUUCUCAACUCUCAGUUGCAGGCCAGGGGGUCAAAAUUGUUCUACCCGCCGCAGAACCUCAUCGAUCUCAUCUGGAAGGAGAAGCCUCCACGGUCGAAAGAGCCUGUAUACGUUCAGCCAAUGAAGUACACUGGGAUGGAAGCGGGUAAGAAGCUCGCUAAGCUGAAGGAGUGGAUCAAGGAACAGCCACCUACGGUGCCCAGCUAUUCCAAGACCCCGCCGACUCCUGGCCAGAUGCAGGUUGGGACGCUAAUCUCCAAUUUGGCUUGCAUUGCCUGGUUACUCAACCUCCGCGGUGACGACAUCCCUUUCAAUCCCCUUUUUCACGCGUAUCUGUUUGUAUCGGUCGAACAGACUGUUCUGUUCGUCGAUACUGCGAAGAUAACAGACGGCGUCGACGAGUACCUCAAAACGCUAGGUGUCCAGCGGCGUGACUACAAUGACGUCUGGACAUUUAUGCGAAGGAAAGAGUGGGGUGACGGCCGCAUUAUCAUUACGCCGCAAACGUCCUACGCGAUAUCUCUGAUGUUGACAUCCUAUCGAUACACCAUCCUGCCCUCGGUCAUCGAGGAAUGGAAGGCCGUGAAGAACCCGGUGGAGCUCGAGGGCCUCAAGGCGGCCUACCUCCGAGAUGGCGUCGCGUACGUCCGCUGGCUGGCAUGGCUCGAAUACAAGAUGAGCCAGGGCUACAGCAUCACGGAGUACGAGGCGGGUUGGCGGCUGACAGAGUUCCGGAGGAUGGGCAAGAAUUACAGGGGUCUUGCGUACGAGAACAUCUCGGCGACAGGCGCUCAUGCCGCGCUUCCGCACUACGUUCCGCACAAGAAGGACGACAUCAUGAUUGAGCGAGACACGCCAUACCUGAACGACUCCGGAGGGCAGUACUGUGACGGGACGUGCGAUACUACACGGACAAUUAUCAUCGACCGACCGACGCCAGAGAUGAUCGAAGCGUACACUCGCGUUUUACAGGGCCAUAUUGCAAUUGACAGCGCUACCUUCCCUGAAGGGACAACAGGCAAGCAGCUUGACGUUUUGGCCCGUAAGGCGCUCUGGAAGGAUGGCCUUAACUACAUGCACGGCACCGGGCAUGGAGUCGGAUCAUUCCUCAAUGUGCACGAAGGUCCCCACGGUUUCUCGAGCGACGUCGCUCUCGUGCCCGGGCAUGUCACUACCAAUGAGCCUGGCUUCUAUAAAGACGGACAUUGGGGCAUGCGCAUCGAGUCGGCGCUGUUCGUAAAGCGCAUUACGACAAAGCACGAGUUCAACGGGCACAUAUGGCUCGGCUUCGAGCGUCUGACGUGCGUGCCCAUCCAGACGAAGAUGGUCAGCCCGGACACGUUGUCCAAAGAGGAGAAGCAGUGGGUUAAGGACCACAACCGCCGCUGCCUGGAAGUUCUUGAACCCUAUCUACGCGAAGACAAGCGCGCUUUGAAUUGGCUCAAGCGCGAGGCCAAUCGCGAAAUUGGCCUUGCCAAGCCCCUUACCAAGGGCUUUGCGAUAGACUGGGAUUGA